CAGAUAUUGCAAAUCUUCUCAAAAUUGGCAAUCAGAUUUCUCUAACUUCUUUCAGACUAUGCUUGUCUCUUUCUGCGAAUUAUUGAGAUUUCUUCAUUGAGCUGUGACUCUUUUAUAAACUCAAUUAUAGAGCAUAAUCUCUGUAUUAUCAUCUACUCUGCCAUUUUCUUCAUCAAUUAAUCACUACAUAAAUAAAAUUAAUGGCAAUUAGGAUGAGGAUGCUGAGCCUGGUGCUUUUGGUUCUGUUAACAAGUCCAGUUUUGAAUAACGGAGGACCUAUUGAUUGUAUAAACAGCGUCGUUUCAGCGCUGAAUCCCUGUAAAGAUUUCCUCAACGGUGGUUUGCCGCUUCCUACGGCUGAAUGUUGCGGCCGCGUCAAGUCCUUGAUCGGCGUCGCAGCUGAUGUAGUAUGCCAGUGUCUGAAGGAAAAUCCAAUCGGCGGGGUUAUUCCGUCACUGGCAAACCUCAUUCCCGGCCUCUGCGAUCUUGUUCCGUUCUUACCCUUCAUCAACUGCCUUAUUCCAUCAGAAAGUAGCAGCGAAAUUCCGAUGCAGUGAAAUUCAGUUCCUCAAAUCCAAUGGAAUGAAUAAAUGUACGAUAUAUUCUUAGAAAAAUAAAAUUCUAAGAAUUAUUGUGCGCAUAUUAGUAAGUAGUAAUAAACCUUUGUUUGAUGCUUCUGUUUAGUAGAUUUUGUUAAGUUUUACUUUGAGUUCAUGACGAUAUAAUAUUACUAUAACUUUGUCAAAAA